AUGGUUGACGGAGAGGAUUGGGGAGUGGACGAGCCCAUACUGACUGCUGACACCAUACCAGUGGCUCAGGAUCCAGAACUGCCUGAAAUCAAACUGUUCUGUCGUUGGAACUGUGAUGAUAUGCAAGUUUCUGACAUGUGCCUUCAGAUGGCUGACGGAGAGGAUUGGGGAGUGGACGAGCCCAUACUGACUGCUGACACCAUACCAGUGGCUCAGGAUCCAGAACUGCCUGAAAUCAAACUGUUCUGUCGUUGGAACUGUGAUGAUAUGCAAGUUUCUGACAUGUGCCUUCAGAUGGCUGACGGAGAGGAUUGGGGAGUGGACGAGCCCAUACUGACUGCUGACACCAUACCAGUGGCUCAGGAUCCAGAACUGCCUGAAAUCAAACUGUUCUGUCGUUGGAACUGUGAUGAUAUGCAAGUUUCUGACAUGUGCCUUCAGAUGGCUGACGGAGAGGAUUGGGGAGUGGACGAGCCCAUACUGACUGCUGACACCAUACCAGUGGCUCAGGAUCCAGAACUGCCUGAAAUCAAACUGUUCUGUCGUUGGAACUGUGAUGAUAUGCAAGUUUCUGACAUGUGCCUUCAGAUGGCUGACGGAGAGGAUUGGGGAGUGGACGAGCCCAUACUGACUGCUGACACCAUACCAGUGGCUCAGGAUCCAGAACUGCCUGAAAUCAAACUGUUCUGUCGUUGGAACUGUGAUGAUAUGCAAGUUUCUGACAUGUGCCUUCAGAUGGCUGACGGAGAGGAUUGGGGAGUGGACGAGCCCAUACUGACUGCUGACACCAUACCAGAUGGCUCAGGAUCCAGAACUGCCUGA